UCUGCAUUCUGCAAGGCAAGCCAAUGCAGAACAGUUUGUUCCGAGUUCCGUCCAACUACGGCGUUGGACCUAUGAAAUCAUAUUGUACCGCUGCUGCAUGCCGAAACUGCUGUUGUCUUCCAAGCUGACAACUUGUCAGGUUAUGGGGAGCCGUGGGACAUUUGACAAUACGUUAGCAAGCGACUCAAUCCGACCCCAUGCGGCAGAGGCCUGUCACGUUUGACCUGUGCGCCGCCGCAGCCGCCGUAGACUCCGCUUCAAAGCUAACGUCAAGAUAGCAUCCGAGCGGUGCAGAUAACGUUGAAGCAUUAUGCGGCGGACACAAAACGUCAAGAGAAGACGAAUGCAAUCCAUGCAUCGUGCAUGAAAACGGGGUCCGUCUUGGAUGCGAACGAGGAGUCCAUCGCAAUGUUACUGUCGACCACACGUCGUCUACUGGCAAGAGGAAAAGCGCUGCUCACUCACACAUUUCAAAGGAGCUGUGGAACCAUGACCCAUGGGAAGAGACUGCGGGUGCUGGUUGACAUGGACGGCGUGCUGGCCGAUUUCGAGGGGGGGUUCUUGAAGAAGUACCGGGCCAGGUACCCGAACGAGCCCUACAUCACCCUGGAGGACAGGAGAGGCUUCUGGGUUUCCGCGCAGUACGGAAGACUCCGGAGUGAUCUCUGUGAAAAAGCCAUUAGCAUCUGGGAGUCCAAGGGCUUCUUCAGUGAGCUGGAGCCCCUUCCUGGUGGGGUGGAGGCAGUCAAGCAGAUGGCCAAUAUGGACAACACAGAUGUCUUUAUUUGCACCAGUCCGAUCAAGCGUUUCAAGCACUGCCCUUAUGAGAAGUAUGCGUGGGUAGAAAAACAUCUGGGUCAUGACUUCCUGGAGCAGGUCAUUCUAACCAGAGACAAGACGGUGGUCAGCGGAGACGUCCUCAUUGACGACAAGCCUGAUAUUUUAGGCGUGGAGCCCAAACCCACCUGGGAGCACGUGUUGUUCAGCGCCUGCCACAACAAGCACCAUCCCGCCAAGCCUUGGCAGAGACGCUUGCUGUCCUGGUCUGACGACUGGAGAGCCAUCCUGGACAGCAAAAGGCACUGAGCUCCUUCAAUAGGGCCCCCGACAUCACCAGCAGCCUUCGAGUUGAGAUGUCUUACCGUAGUCGACCACAGGUGGGCGCGCUAAAACUGAAACAUGUUUCAAUCAAGUUAAACAUACAGUAAGUAAGUUAAGGAGUAAGCCGGCCGGACAGUACUGUACUGGCAGAAAUACUGAAGUUAGCAGCUAAAUGUCCAGGUUAUGUGCUCGUGUAAGAAUAAUGGUUUGAUAGUUAACAAUUUUGCAGAGGUGCUUGAAGAAAACCAUUGGUAAGACCCCAUCAGUACGCGCAAUCCGCAAACAGAAGCAAACCACAUGCGCCUGUGUUUCUCUUUCAUUUCGUGUCUAAAAACAGCUGAGAAAUGAUUUGUCUUUUUUUGGUGCUACUUUGCUUUUUUUAACACCUAUGCAUGUCAUGAACAAGGCCUAUUUGCUUGAUUGUUGUUUUGCCUCAUAAUCAAGUUGAAUAGCUGAACGUGAAAGGCGGCAGUGAUGCAUGCUGUUUAGUUUCAAAUAAAAGGUCGUAAAAUAGGACAGAUUUUUGGAAGGAUUUCACGACUAAAUAUGAAGAGGUGAUUUCUUUUGAGAAAUGAUCUGUGCUUUACAUUUACAGUACAUGCUGAAAUGUCCUGUUUUCUUUGUGUUUCACCAAAAAAAGUACUGUAACGUGUCAUCAUUUACAAAAAACAAUUUAGGGUUGUGUUCAAACAAUUUACCAUUGAGUGGUAAAAUACCUCCAAACAGUUGUAAAUGUGUAUGAACUAAAAAUAUCGUCUCUAAUAAAUCCACAUUUCAAGUCU